CCCCUGCCCGCCCGCCGCGCUCCGAGCCGGGCGCGCGGAGCUCGGGGCGCACGGAGCGGCGCGCGCCGGUCGGCGGAGCCAGGCUGGCGCCCCCGCCCCCCGCCCCGCUCCUCGGUCCGCCGCCUGCCGGGCGCCUUCCCCGCGCCACUUACCUUCGGUGCCCGGCCCUCCGGCCGCUCUCCUCUCGCCCUCGGGCCCCUCCGGCCCGCCCCGUCCAGCCCGGGCUGCCCGGCUCCCGCAGGCCCCCCCGUCGACCGCGUUCCUAUGGACAGACGCACAGACACCUGCAGGAGUGACGCUGCUGAUCCUGUAACAUGGAGGAUUGUCUUCAUACCUCAUCUGAGAAUCUGUCCAAAUUGGUCAGCUGGGCCCACAGCCAUGGGACUAUUUGCAGCCUCAUUCCAAACCUGAAACACUUGCUUUCUGAAGGUUCCCAUGGGAACCUGACAGCAAUGUGGGGCUGUAGUGCUGGUCAUGCUUAUCACUGGCCACUAACAGCUACUUGCAGAGCUGGGUCCCAAGAGAGGGUCUGUUUCCAGGAUAACAGAAGUUUUAACUCUGAUAGUCCCAGUAUAAUCGGGGUGCCCUCUGAGACACAGACUAGCCCUGUUGAAAGGUACCCUGGAAGACCAGUGAAAGCAAAGCUAGACUGUAACCGGACCAGAGACUCUUGUGACUUCUCCUAUUGUAGUGAGCCCUCUGAACUGGAUGAAACUGUUGAAGAAUAUGAAGAUGAGAACACCCUGUUUGACAUGGUUUGUGAGUCUUCUGUUACAGAUGAGGAUAGUGACUUUGAACCCCAAACUCAAAGGCCUCAAAGCAUUGCUCGCAAAAGACCUGGGGUAGUCCCAUCUUCCCUCCAUUCAAGCUCCCAGGCGCAGAUGGUUGACGAAUGCAGCAAUGAUGUCAUCAUCAAGAAAAUCAAACAAGAAAUCCCCGAAGAUUAUUACAUUGUGGCAAAUGCAGAACUGACAGGAGGAGUAGAUGGACCAGCUCUGUCCUUGACACAGAUGGCAAAACCCAAGCCUCAGACUCACGCUGGUCCCUCCUGUGUAGGGUCUGCUAAACUGAUUCCCCAUGUCACAUCUGCCAUCAGCACGGAGCUAGACCCACACGGUAUGUCUGCAUCCCCCUCUGUGAUCUCCAGACCAAUUGUCCAGAAGACUGCUAGGGUAUCUCUGGCUUCACCAAACAGAGGACCCCCUGGUACACAUGGCACCAACCAACAGGUGGCCAUGCAAAUGCCUGUGAGCACAUCCCAUCCUAACAAACAGAUCAGUAUCCCCUUGUCUGCCCUGCAGCUGCCUGGACAGGAUGAGCAAGUUGCCUCUGAAGAGUUCCUGUCCCAUCUGCCCAGCCAGGUCUCCUCCUGUGAGGUAGCCCUUUCUCCCUCAGUUAACACAGAGCCAGAAGUGAGUUCCAGUCAGCAGCAGCCCCCAGUCGCUCCAGCCAUAACCACUGAGGCCACAGCACAGUGCAUACCAGCUUAUUCCACUAAGCUCAACAAAUUUCCUGUAUUUAAUAUUAAUGAUGACUUGAAUGAUCUGUGUACCAGUGCAGUAAGCCCAAAUACUACCAAAGCCACGCGGUACGCCUUGAAUGUGUGGCGAUAUUGGUGCAUGACCAACGGGCUCAAAGACCACACAGACAUCACCAAGAUCCCUGCAGUGAAGUUGAACGAGCUGCUCGAGAACUUUUAUGUCACCGUUAAGAAGAGCGACGGCUCAGACUUCCUGGCCACCUCGCUCCAUGCUAUUCGCCGAGGCCUGGACCGCAUCCUGAAGAAUGCAGGUGUCGGCUUUUCCAUCACCAGCAGCACCUUCAGCUCCUCCACCAAGAAACUCAAGGAGAAGCUGUGGGUGCUGAGUAAGGCAGGCAUGUCGGGCGCGCGUUCUCGCAACAUCGUCUACUUCUCCCUUUCUGACGAGGAGGAGAUGUGGCAGGCAGGGUGUCUGGGGGAUGACAGCCCUAUCACUCUCCUGUCCACUGUGGUCAAGUACAACAGCCAGUACCUGAACAUGCGGACGCUGCAGGAGCAUGCGGAUCUGAUGUACGGUGACAUCGAGCUGCUCAAAGACCCCCAAAACCAGCCCUACUUUGCCCGGACAGACAGCGUCAAGCGGGAGAGUCGGAGCGGCUCCACCAGAGUGUGUCAUGGGAAAAUCUACCAUGAGCAUUCCCGGGGACACAAACAGUGCCCUUACUGCCUCCUCUACAAGUACAUGUACAUCCACCGGCCGCCCACCCAAAUGGAGGCCAAGUCCCCCUUCUACCUGACUGCCAGGAAGGAGGCCACAGACAUGGGCAGCGUGUGGUAUGAGGAGCAGAGGAUGGGGCUGCGCUCUCUUCGGGGAAUUGUCCCAAACUUAGCCAAGAAGGUGAAGCUGGAAAACUGUGAGAACUUCACCUUUGUCUCGUUCACUCAGGUCUCCCGGAGGCUUGGCUCCCACAGCUGCUGCCAGUGAGCCCUCCCUGGGGCCUGGCCACUGCCCUGUCACUUGCUCAGUGGGCUCUCCCUCGACCGGCCAGGGCUGGAGCAGCUGGAGCUCCUCGGAGGCAGGGGCUGACCAGGUGUGACCUCCCGGUCUGGCGGCUCUCCCCUGGUGUGGCCUGCUCUCCCUUUGACUUGGGGUUUGCUUUUUAAAAUGAAACUAGAUGAGUCUAAAUCAUUCGGAUGGUUUAUCCAAAUGUGCGUCAACUUUGUUAGCUUUUAGAAUCUAACACAAUGUAUAAUUGCUACAUACAAGAGUGAGGAAAUUCAUUUUCUCUAGUGCCUUUCUAGCACAGAUUUUCUCAAAAAAAAAAAAACAAACAAAAAAAGGAAACUGUUAAGUAGUCAUUAAAAACAAAAUCCCAGUAGCGCAGUAGCUUUAGAACGUUAGGAAGACUGUACACUUUGUUGAAUUACACUCACAAUUAGGAACUAGAGAGAGGCAGACACGUUCCCUAUUUCCAGGAGACAGAUUGCGCUUGAUGCGCCUUUGUUUUUUUGUUGGUGGAUAAGGUGGUUCUGGAGGGCAGGCAGCCUUGUGUCCG